AUGGUUGGAGUCUCGCGAGUCAGAAUUCGCGGCAGGAGAAAAGGCGAACUUCCACCAGAUCUUUGUGAUGCAAUCAAUCCUUAUCAAUACUGCCUAAGCAAACCUUCCACGGUGCUUUUUGUACCCGAAGUUAUCUGUCCCGUAUUGACCUUCCUAGCCAUUAAAGCGCCUGGGGCAGACGUGGAUAUAACCCUUUACAUAACUUCGUUCACGAAGCCUAACCAGAGACGAUCAUCAAAAUCAUGUGUUACUAGUGGGAUUUGGUUAAAUGUUAAGAAGUCUUGUCAAAACGCAAUUUUAUAUGUAGAUAUACCAGCUUUGUAUAGCAACGUGUUGUU